CACCAGGGAGGGGCUGAGGGGUGUACUGGUCUGCUGAGGCAGCAGUUUCUCAGAUGGGUCAUUUUGUAGCUUAUAUGUGAGGAAUACAAAGGCAGCAGGAUUACUAUGUUGAGUGGAUGCAUGGAUACCCAUACGUUCUGUACGUACACACACAACACACACACACACACACACACACACACACACACACACACACACACACACACAGGUGGACAAUCUCUGCUCUCCAUUAAAGCAGUGUGGCCUGGACGUGCAGCAUGUAUGCAGCCUGUCAACAACAUUAAAUGAAUUCAGACUGCGCUACUGCACAUCUGUAUGUCUAUAAAGGGAGCAAUGGUGCUGGCGAAGACAAAGACCCAAUCAGAAGAUGCUCUAAAGAACAAAGACAUGUCACAGAAGAAGCUGCUCUCUCUUGAGGCUCAACGCAUCUCAAGCAUAUUGGAAAACUGCAUUAGUCAAGUUGAGUUUGCAGCCGCUCUGCCUACUGUCCUCCCGUUUAACAGUGUGUCCAGUGUUGUGGACAAGGAGUUGAGCAGGGCACUUCAAGACCAUCAAAUAUUAGAUAAAAGUCUGGAGGGGCUAAUAGGUCUCAAGCAGUCAGAUGAGGAGCAAGGAGGAGAAUUUGGAAAAGCAAGGGCUCAACUUGAGAAGGACAUCAAGAACUCUGUCAGGGAUCUACUCAGGCUUGUCCGAGCCCAUCCAGAUGCCCUUUGUGUUUUGAGGACAGAGCUAGGUAUGGAAUUAGGGGAGAGCGAGUACAUGCUAAUUCGAGGACUUAAGAAGUUCCACAGCCACGUGGUAGAACAGUUGCUGACUAGUCCGGAUGAGGAGCUGGAGCUGCUUCUCCACAAGCAGGUGUCUUCAUCCCCUGCCCAAGAUUCGGAGCACCUGGUUUUAUUGGAAGAAGAAGUAGCUACAAGCAUGAAGCAAAUAGAUGCGAUGAUUUCUGAGAAAAAUGUUGAGAUCCAAAAUUUGCAGAGUGGUUUGAAUGGGAACAUCAGACAAGACGCAGGUGUGUCCCUUCUCGUCGAGAAGCAGUGCCAGUCACAUAUCAAGGCAGCAAAGAUAAAGCACACCAGUAUACAGCGGGAGAUUGAUCGACUGAACAGUCAGCUCAACAAUUUGAUCCUUGAAAACAGGCAGGCAGAGAGAGUAAUCCAAACGAAAAAUGAAAAGGUGGAGGCAGAAAUUGAAUACUUGCUCCAAACUUUUGACGAUGUAAUAGGAGAAAACCAGGCCGACCUGGAGUUAAAUAAAAUGGAUUAUGAAAUGGAAGAGGAGGAGCUGAUGAAGCUGAAGUCAUCCUUUUCUACCCUAGAGGUUGAGUGCAACCAGAUCCAGGAGAAGCGUCGACUUGCAGAUGAGAAGAGAAAGGAGGAUAUGAGGGAGCUGGAGUUGAAGACCAAAGCUGCUAUUUUUGCCCAAGCCUGGUGGAGAGGCUACAGUACUCGCAAGGCCUUGAAGAACAAGGGCAAGAGCAAGAAGGCCAAAAAAGGCAAAGGCAAGAAGACCAAAUAAACAACCACUGACUAGUUUCAUCACUCUGGUACAACAACACAAACUGUAGAGCAUGAAUGUUUUUGGAUGUUUAAAAAAAAAAGAGAGACUGUUGAGCAAAUACUGUUAUACUCCAUAUCCCGUGUGUGUUUGUCAUUUAUGUGCUGUUCUCAAUAAAGUUCUUUAUGUUA